AUGCUCGCUGCUUUCUGGUCUCUUCUGGCUAUCGCCGGCGCUGCCAGCGCCUACUCCAACCCCGGCCCUUGCACCGGCAACUGCCUGGCCCAUGAUCCUGGUUUCUACCAGAGAAAGUCGGACGGGAAAUACUUCCGAUUCUCCACCGGUGGAGGUAUCACCGUCACUUCUGCAGACCAUCUUCAGGGACCUUGGACAUACGACGGCUACGUGCUGCCCGAUGGAGCAUCCGUGACGACUGUCGGUGGCAACAGCUCCAACCUCUGGGCACCCGACGUGCACUACGAUGACGGCAAAUACUACCUCUACUAUGUCGUCUCCGGUUUGGGAUCCCGCAACUCCUCGAUUGGUGUCGCUGUUUCCGACACGAUGGAGGUUGGCUCCUGGACAGACCACGGCGCCAUCGGCGUCGAGACCAACAGCAGCUCGUCCUACAACGCCAUCGACCCCAACUGGAUCACCAUUGGCGACAAAGCGUAUCUCAACUACGGCUCCUACUGGCAAGGCCUUGCUCAGGUCGAGAUGAAGGACUCGCUGUCCAAGCUCAGCUCUUCCCCCAUCACCAACACCGAGCACAACAGCACUGCCUCUAUCCACUUUCAGGAAGCCCCCUUUGAGUUUGAGCACGAUGGCUACUACUAUCUGUUCUUCUCGUCCGGCAAGGCUGGGUCUUACGACACCAAUUUCCCCGCCCCGGGCAAUGAAUACAAGAUCAUGGUUUGCCGCUCCGAGACCGGAACAGGCGACUUUGUUGACAAAAACGGUGUGGCUUGCACCAAGAACGGUGGAUCGAUCGUCCUGCAGACUCAUGGAGAUGUUUACGCUCCUGGUGGGCAGGGUGUGUUCAACGACACCAAGCUGGGACCCGUGCUGUACUACCACUACGCCAACAGGACCGGCAGUCUCGCUGUCAAGGACUUCCAGUUCGGAUAUAACAGGCUGAGCUGGACUGGCGGAUGGCCAUCUGUUUAA